UAUUGUGAAAACAGGCUGUAGUUUUAUUGUGAAAGUCCGGAGCGGAAUUCGCUCUGUUGUUUAUAUCCGGUGCCCCUCGGCUCCUGACCGACUGUCUCGCAGGAACCGACUCCGACCAUGAUCUCCUCUGUGCGGCCUGUUCUCCUCCUCCUCCUCGGCCUCUCCUUGGCCUCGGUCGGUUCCUCUUUCUCAGCCUGCCGGGUCCAGAUCCCUCCUCACGACCAGGUGGCCCGGGUGGCCCGCUUCAUCGCCCACCAGUGCAACUGGGCCUCCAUGGCCACCAUCUCCACCCACAAGCCGGUGGUGGGUCAGCCGUUCUCGAACGUGUUCUCGGUGAGCGACGGGCCCCACGGAACCAGCUCCGGGGUCCCGUACAUGUACCUGACCCGCAUGGAGGUGUCGGUCCAGGACCUGCAGGUGGACCCCCAGGCGUCUCUGUCCAUGUCCCUGGCUCAGACUGACUACUGCAGACAGCAGGGCUUCGACCCUCAGAGUCCUCUCUGCGCUCACAUCAUCCUGUCUGGAUCAGUGCUCCAGGUCAACGGGACGGAGGCGGACUUUGCAAAGAAAGCUCUGUUUAGUCGACAUCCAGAGAUGAUCGACUGGCCCACGGACCACAACUGGUUCUUCGCCAAGUUUAACAUUACUCAGGUGUGGGUGUUGGAUUAUUUUGGAGGCGUGAAGAUCGUCACUCCUGAUGAAUAUUUCCAGGCGCCGCCCCACAGGAAGCACCACUGACGGAAUCCAACCUGUGACCCGCGGCGAUGAAGCAGAAGUGAUGAGGAGUUGAUGGUGAUGCUGAUCCGUUUCACUUCACUUUCAUCGGAUCAAUUAAGACCUCAUUAGUUAUGUGUUAAGCAGGUAAAUCAGCUCUAAUUAGGCCUGAGGCGGGGCAGGUGACCGGGAGUCCUGUCUGGUUUUAAAUCUGAAUAAUAUUCAUCUUUUCUCAGAGCUUCUAAUGCAGGAAGCCUCUGGUCUCUGCUGCCGGUUUAAACGUGAAUAAACGACGUCGGUCUGUCAGGAUGAGGCUACAGAUUAAAACAGUUCAAGAAACAGACCGUUCAUGUUUUUACACAAAAUAAAUGGAAUAUUUUUCAAUGUUAGAAAAUCAUUUGUAACACACUUGAAGGCAUACAUUUAUCAGAAUAAAACUUGAUUUUUAUAAAGGAGAUUUAUUUCCAGAAAAGUCUCCACCUCAGCCUCAAAGAUUGUCCACAUGUCCUGCGUUUGAAUGUAAUCUUUAGUUUAGCAGGAAAUUUGACUUGUUAACAUUAAAGAACAUCUUCGACUUAUUAUUAUAAAUGAAUACCCGCCCACUCCAGUUCUGGUCAUUUAUUUUUAUGUACAUCUAUAAAGGCCAGAACACGCCGGAAGCUGAUUUCUUCAGUGACAUGAUGAUUGUAGUGCACAGGAUUGACCACUGGGGGGAGACAUUUAGUUACCAAUUAAUGGCUUUAAAAGCGCUUUAAAGAGUUUUAUUCAAUCAUUUAUGCUCAUUUAGGUUUAAUGUUGAGUUUUAUGGUGAACCAAAGUGUUUGUGGGCAUUAGAACGCCACCUUUUCUCUCCAGUGAGGAUCUCAGCUUCAUCAAGAGUAUUUUUCUACAUGUGACGUCUGAUUUUUAUGGCUUUAUGUUGAACUUUAACCUUUUGAAUGUGUCAAGAUUUGCACUGCUCUCAGAUAAAUCACAACCUGCACUUUGGAAAUCCCAACCAAACUCAAAAACUGUUCUAUGCCACACACCAUAUAUAGCAAUUAUUAGGUACUGUGGAGGUUUCUUCCAGUAACUACAUUUCCCAUGGUUCAUAGUGAUCAGAAGGUGGAGAAAAGUAUUAAUUAGGAAUGAAUGGUAUUGACCCAUUUAGGCUCCAAACAGUCACUUCAAAUAAGUGGAAUCUGUGAUCAUGUUUGUGUAUUAUUAAAUUAUUUGAAACAUUUUGGACACAAAUCUGCUGUUUGCUCAUAUAAUAUGUAAUAAUCGUCCACGUGUUGAAGUUUGCAUUUCUAGAAGCUUGUUUGCCAUAAUAUAUUUUCAAAAAAAUGUGAAAACCUUUAGAAAAUCCUUAAAUCUGGAGUUCCAGAUAGAGUGAUCUAUUUUUGAAAGAAUAAUAAAGAUUUUUUGCUAAAUAAA